CCUCCUCUCUAAAUGCUGCCCCUUUCCUCCCUUGUCUAACCUCCUCCUCUCCUCUCUAUCCCUCUCCACUCACUCCUUGUUUCUCCUACACUCUGUACAUCCAUUUUGCACAUGAUUAUGCUCAGCCACAGAAUGGGAUGGAGGUGCUAUUUUUAGCCGGCUACGGAGGAGAGGGAGAGCAGGGAGGUGAGAGAGAAAAGGUUUUCGUGCUGGAGCUAGAGCUGGAGAGACAUUGGAGAUGACCAGUUGGUUGGAGGCAGCUUGGCUAGAGGCGGAGAAAGGGAUGAGAGGAGGCAACUGAGACGAGCGAACGACACCACCUGAAAGACAGAUAAGACACAGGCAUGCGUCCCCGCUCCAGACUCCUGGCUAAGAGGGGCCUGCCCACAAUCAGGGAGGGAUAUGAGGAACUAGUCCAGGACAUGAACCAGGCCAACAGCCUCCACCUCCCUCCCCAUGGCCAGGUCCACUCCUCUCUGUCUACCCAGGACUACUUCCUGUCCAUCUGUCAGCUUGCCCGCCCAACCUUCCCCCUGGCCCAACCCGACUGUGACAUCCUCACUGUGGGCUCGCUGGCCUCCCUGAGGCCCUGUCUGAGGCUGCACAGACUGAGGGACCCUGUGCCACCCUGUCAGCCUCUGAUCUCCAAGGUCAGCCACCACACACAGUUAGAGCAGGAGGAGAGUCAGGGUGAGUGUAGUGGCCCAGAGAGAGUGGUGGAUGUCAGCUCAGGUCAGACCUCCAGUAGGGUUGACCCCAGUGUCUCUGACCCCCUGGAGUUCCUCUACGGUCAUGGGGAGGCACUCCUCUCAGCCGCCUGUCGCGCCCCUGACUCACAGGGCUGUCAGGGUAAGGGGAGAGAGAGUGUGACCCAGCGUCGACCACAACCCCCGCUACGUGCUGACAGCUUCCCACGCAUGUGUUCCUCGCCCCUGACCCAGCGCAAAGGCAGCUGCCCUGAGCUCUGCCUGAUGGACCCCACUGACCAAGAGAAGCCAAACCCUGACCCUGCUCCACCACAGACAUCUUUAUCAGACCAGCAGAAACCUGACGCCUCCAGCCCACUCUCCUGGAGGUUCCAGAACGACUCAGACAGGGCCCCUGCUGGUGGAAGGGGGAAGUGCACUCGCUACAUUGACAAACACACAAUGGUAUCACACUGGAUCGCUGACUGUCGCUCGGCCUGGAGAGAAGCCAGAGCCAGGGCGUGCAUGCUUCCUGCCAUCGCGGAGAUGUAGACACAUAGAUCAGGUAUAACCCUGUUAAGCCCUGCUGAGUAUUGUACAUAAUGGAUCCUUGAUGUACUAUGCGUCCCGCUUGAUUGGUACGUUUGGACGAUGCAUUGAGUUUUCAUGCCUGACCUUUUUGUAGUUUAAGACAUAUUGUAGACUAGCGUAUGCCUCACACAUAUCACAGUAGGUGGACUGUUGAUAAUGCCCAUAGAGCACAUCAGUGUUAGAGUAGCCUCUUGAAUCCAGGCUUCUUACAGUAGUUGAACGAGACAGGAUUUUGGAAGACUAGUAUUAGGGUGAAUAAAGAUAUGUGGAAAAGAUGCUGAAUUUGUAAAACGAUUAUGUACAAAGACCUAUGAUUAAGAAACAUGACAGAUCAUAAUCUUUCCUGUGUAGCGAGUGAGUUCUUUACUAAUGAUAACUCUGGUCAAAUCCCAUUGGCAGCUAAAACAGCAAAACAUUCUACUUUGAGUGUUUCAUAACAAGUGGAAUGGGACAGUGUUAGAAUCAGAACUGAAGAAGAUGUGAUCCUAUAGCUAGUUCAGGCUCCCUACAGCAGAGCAUUUAAACUCAGAUUAUUCCUAGUGAUUCUGAAAACGUCUCUUGUGAUUUCCUUUCCCCUGUCUGAUGUAUGAGUUAUGCAAUGACAAUGUAGGUGUGUGCAAAAAUGAUCAGUCCAUUUCAAUCUUCCGCUUAGUAAAGCCAUGAUGAAAUAGUACAGAUAUUUUCAAUCAUAUCAUGUAAUUCCCACUGAGUGAAACAGCAUGUGAGAUUGUUGUAUUUGACUUUUUGAUUGCGUGUUCUAAUGGUCCUCCAUGUCGGUACAAUGUCUGUCAACAAAACAUCAAUGGAAAGACAACAAUAUCCUCCUUGACUUGUAAAUGUUUGAGAAUUCAAUCAUUUGAUAAUGUAUAGUAUGGCUUUUGUACAUCUGUCCAUUGUUGGCCUGUAAUCUAAUAAAUUAUGUGUUUUA